AUGGCGUCAAAUUCUUCGAAGGAAGAGGCACCAGCGACAUGUCUGGUUUGUAACGGUCCGGAAGAGGACGACUACCACAUGGUCAGUUGCAAUCAAUGCAGACUGUGGGCCCAUUUCAAGUGCGCCGGAGUUACGGAGGAUAUAAAGGAUGUGGACUGGCACUGUCAGAAGUGCAGCAAACCAGACGUCCAGCAGUUGCGCGUUCCGAGGCCACAGAAGAAAAGUUCGAAAAAGGCUGGUUCCAAAGCCGAAUCAGAGUCUGUUAGAAGUACUGGUUCUAUAGUAGAUGCUGCCGGUCGACAGCUAGAAGAAGAAGAGCGGGCGAAGGAACGGGCGUUGUGUGAGCAGAUGGAAAUCCACGCAAAGCGUCUCGAAAUGACGAAAAGGUGGAACGCGAAGCAACUACUGCUGGAAAGAGAAAUGCGGGAAAGAGAACUUCUAUUGGAGCGUGAAAUGCAAGGUCUUCGACUGAAGCAGGAACAAGAGUUGCUAGAUAAACAAUUGGCUGCCGAACGAGAAUUCGUAAAAAGAAGGGAUGUCAUCCGUCAGAAAAUUAGAUCCAGUCAAAAGCAGAUGGAACAGUUUCCGGAGGAAGUAACGCCAGUAGAUCCUGCUGUAAUCGAAAACGGUAAAGUACAGCUCUGGCUAGAUGAACAAAAGUUGAACAAUCAUCUACUGGGAGAUUUUCGAGGGGCCUAUCCCAAGACUCAGACGUCUGGUAAUAGGGUGACAAAUGAGCAGUUCCCAGAGGUACCACCACAGGUAACGGAAGAGCGAGAAAGAGAUUCUACUGACUCGGGAAGUGAUGCUUACGAGCCGGAGGAACGUAGCAGUAUCGCCCGGAAUUAA